CAAUAAAGAAAAAUCGCCCGGAGCACAACUGACAGUAACAGUUUAAAAAAAUAGGCAUCUGUCAAACGGGAUGCGCUGCCUGAAGAAAGCAAUACGACAUUGACUUAUUAUUUUCAAAUAUAAUUUAAGGGUAUUUCAUAAUUGUAUUAAAUAACAAACACAAACAAACAUAAAGAUAACAAAAUCAAAAAAGCCGACGAAUCAAGGUCUGUUUCUAUUGUACAAAAUGACAAGCUCAGACGCUUUGCGCCCGACCCCGGCUAAUUCAGGACGGAAGCCGCUUGGAAAGCUAGCUGCCCGGCUAGAAGAUGUGAAGAACCCGUGGAGGCAGGGCAUGACGUUGGAGCUCAGCCACAGCGAAGCGGCCAGGCUAGCGACAGACGCCCUGCUAGACUCGGGGGAACUCGAAUACAAGCGAGUGCUAGACCAGGAGCGGGAGCUGUCGUUUCUCUCGCCCUUAGAGAUCAAGUACAUCGCCGAAAGCGCUUCCAAGAACAGUAGCGCGGACAGCGGCAGUGUCACCGGCUCAGGCGGAGAGCUGUGCGGGGAGGGGUACGCGGUCUCGGAGCUCACCUCGGGGACCUACUUCCCGAUGAUGUCGGAUGAAGAGCCGCCUAUGCUGGAGCUGGGUUGGCCGGAGAUGACAGACCAGCUGCCUAAAUAUGGUCCUUCAGAAACGCAGAUCUACUUUCAGAGAGGCAAAACGCACAACAUGAAAGAUGUCAUUCGUUCACUAAUUAACAAGGCAAAGAAAGUAAUAGCAUUGGUGAUGGACCUCUUCACAGACGUGGAUCUGUUUUGUGACUUGCUGGAAGCUGCAAAUAAACGCAAAGUUCCAGUUUAUAUCCUACUGGACGAGAAGAACCUGAAGUAUUUUACUGAAAUGUGCAACACCUUGGACGUCCAGACGAUACACAUCAGUCGCAUGAGAGUCCGCAGUGUUUGUGGAGAUACCUAUUGCACAAAGCAUGGCAAGAAGUUUACUGGGCAGGUCUUGGAGAAGUUUCUUAUAAUUGACUGUGAAGAAGUGAUUGCUGGGUCUUACAGUUUCACCUGGCUCUCUUCUCAGGUUCACAGCAACAUGCUGAUGCACUUCACCGGACAAAUUGUUGAGAGCUUUGACAGGGAGUUCCGAUGCCUCUACGCAGAUUCCCAAAUCAUCGAUAGCUUACACGACCCAGACGAAGACGGAAUUCCGUGUUACUCCUUAGGGAAACAUCUUCCGGAGAUCAAGCAAGAAAAGCCAAAGGAACAUGUCUACUCCGACCCUUCCAGCAGCUGCUCCAGCAACAGCUUCUCCAGCAUCAAGAAGUGUCCAGGCAUGGGCUCCCCGGCGUACAAACUGAAUUACAAUAACAGUCCAAACAAGAAGGGCCCAAGUCCAGGUUUGUACAACCCCAGCAACCAAGGGAGAAAAGGGUCUGGCAGCAGCUGUGCUGUGGAGCGGUCCAACGCUGGCUCACAAGAACUCAACCCUAGCGCACUCCGAAAUGGAGGAGGAGCUGAAUCCAAGAUCUCAGGGCUGGGUCUUCAUGAGCCCAAACAGAACUUCACUCCGUUGAACCCCUCACUGGGGAAGGAGCAAAGGAGCUGCCCUCACGCUGAACCAGAGCAGCCCGGCAAACAGAAGACAGCCCCGCUCUUCAGCAAACUCUCUGAUUUCUUCCCUGGUACAAAAGAAGGCUUUACCAAAUCUCCAACCCGAAACAAUGCCGCCGCGGUGUUGCCUUUCAAAGACCUGAGCCUGUCGGAAUUGACAAAAACAAGCGAAAACAAACCCGGGUAUUCCGUGGUGCCAGCACCCCUGCCCGCGGACGUGCUGCCAGCGGUGAGACGAGGAGGAAUCAACAGGCAUGAUGUCAAGAGGAUGACCCUCGGGCACAGCCAGCUGGACCUAGUAAACCACUACAACAAGAUGAAAUCCAAAAACAUAUACAGCAGGUUCGAGGUGAAAGACACUCCGCACAUGUGAACCAGGCUGUCCUUUCAGACGAAGAGAGACACGGAUGAAUAAUCAAGCAAAAUGAAAGUCAUCUUUCCUGAAAGCCUGCUGUUUAUUCAAAACUCAGUGGACAGUGUUCCUCUUCGGCACUCAGAACCUUUAAUCCUGCAUCCUGCUGGUUUUGUUUGCUGUAUUUCUUGUCUUCCUGCAGUGCAAACGGUUGGUGUGAUUCUUUUUAUUAGGGGGAGGGUUGCAGUAUGUAGAGAUGUGUUGAGAAAUCCAGAUUUGCAGAGCGCCUGGCUUCCCAAAGGGCUUAUGGAUUUUAUGUUGUUCUGCCACGUGUUGCUGUUUCUGCAGUUGUGUAAUUGUCUACAUUUGCCAUUUUCAAAAAACUUGUUUUUUGUGGAUUACAGAUAAAAGGUGUUUUGAUAAAUCUCUUGUAUAAUGAGCAUUAUAAAUAUUUUGCCAUAAAUUGUGUGUUGUUUUUAAUUGAGGAAGAGUAUUACUAUUAUUAUUGAGAUGAUGAUGAUGAUGAUGAUUAGUGUGCACAUUGUUAAAUUGCAGUGUGCAGAACAAACAAUGUUUCUACUUCAUUCCGGCACUGCAUCCUGUAUACUGGCUCAAAAUAACUAGUCUGAGACUGUGAUAUAUGGAAUGGACUGUGGGUUCAGUGCUAGUGCAAGAACUAUGGAAAUACAGGGAACAAGUGAGGGCUGUGACUGUCUUAGAACAGGCUGUGCACUCUAAAGGGUUUUACUGAACGAGGGAGCGCUUCAUUAUGCAGUGUAAAAGGCGGCCUGCAUUAGCUGUCACUGUUUUUAUUAAUCAUCCCAUGCACCAGAGGAGGCGCUGCACUGUGCCAUAGCAACAUUCCAAACCCGGAACUCUGGCCACAAACAUGCCCACCUCCACCCUCUGGCAUGCCUAGCAGGAAUCUUGUAACGCAGCACUGUGACAGAGUGCUGGCCUUGGCAUUAGAAACAGUGCAACGACAUAGCGGGUGCCUUUACUGUUGUUUGUAGUGAAUCGGGCAUUGCAGUCAUGACAAUACAACAGGUCUGGUUUUUCACAACGAGGGAUGUUUAGCGUGAUGCCUCCAGCAAUACUAGAUUCAUUAAGUGGAGGUUUUGACAAUGUUAGCAAGAAGUUAUGACAUGUUGUCUUUGGUAUUUCAUACUUUAUAAAAGCCUGGGUCACUAAUGUAUUGAAACACACAUACUAUACAAAUAAGUAAUGCAUGUUAAAAGGAAUAAGUCUGGCUACAUAAGUUGUUUGCAAAUGUUUUUAUUGAUUAAGAUAUAGGGACAUCUUUGCAGGUUUUACCCAUUUUGAUUUGGUCCGUCCAUCAUGUUGUCCUCUAUUUAGACGCUGGGCUGUAGCUCUUGCACAUGUCAUCUAAACCCUAACUAACUGAAUAAGCUUUUGACCUCAAAGACUUGCACACAAACAGAAAGGCAGCUGUGUUGCUCCUAAACACAGUGACAACAGGAUCACAACCACAGCCUGUGCUGUACUGCCCUCAUAAGCAGAGGCAUGUGG